AUGCUUAAUACAAAAACUACUCUAUUUCCUGGACAUAUUCAAUCUGUUUAUUAUCAAAAUAUUUUAAAAAUUAUAAUAUAUUUAAUUCAAUCGUCGAAUAAUGAUGAAACAUUAAUUCAACAACUUCUUUCAUUAGCGAUCGUAUUAUUUGAUGAUGUUCUUAAUCCAAUUGUUGCUAAAGCUCAAAGUUUUUGGAUUUGGAUGACUGAAACAACUUCGGAUACUAUAAAUGGUAAUGAUUGUAUUGAAUUAACAUUAUCACAAGGAACAAAUGCUACUAUAAUUCAUGAUAAUGAUGAUGAUAUUUACCCAACUGUUAAAGUAACACAUGGUGGUGAAUUACCAGAAAAUGCUACAGAAAGUGAAAAUACAGAUAAUGAUAAUGAUGUGCGUGUUGAAAAAAAUAAAAAAUAUGAUCCAUAUCGAGCACUUAAUAUUGACUUAAAUGAAAAACCUAUUCAAUCGAUUCCUACACCAUCAUCAUUGACAUUUCAAUUAAAAGAAUCAGUUCCUAAACAAAAAAAGAAAAUAAUUGAAAAACAAGAACAAUUAUCAACAUCGAAAUCUAAACACAAACGAGAACGUAGUAAUGAUAAAGAAUUAUUAUCACCAGCUGAUGAAGAAGAAAAUCGUCCAACUUCUUCUACACCUUCUCCUCCUCCUCCUGCUACUGCAGAGAAAACCAAAGUAAAAAAAUCAUCAUCAGAAACAACAACAAUAGUAUAUACAAAUACUUCUGUACCACUCCUGUUGGACAUUAUGAUGGAUGAUAUUCAUCCAACAAAUCAAUCUGAGCAACAAUACAAUGAACAAGAUACUUAUAAACUAGCUGCUCAAUCUGACAAUUUGACAAUUGAAUAUUUGAUUAAUCCAGAUCCAUUAAUAGUUCAAGUUGAUGUAACAUUUCUUUUAAAAAAUCGAAUAUCAUUUAUUAUUGAUCACAUUAAUAUUCAUGUUAUUCAUAGUAUGAGUUCGAAGUUAUUAAAUACAACAAAUACAAAUUUAAUAUCAUUUCCAUCUAUAAGUCUUUUUUCUCAUUCACAAAAUUAUAUUCACAUUUAUUUUUUAAUAAAUGCUAUAUCAUUGUCUCAAGAAUUAAAAACAACAUUAACUUAUUCUAUAAAUAAAUUAAAUAUAAUUGAAACAGAUCGAAUUGAAUUUAAACUUAAUUUACCUUGUUCACGAUAUUUACGACGAAAGACUAUUGAUUCGCAAGAAUAA